UCUACAAAGAAGACCGAAAUAGUGGCUGGCUCAGAAGAUUAGUUAUGGAGCUCUCGAACAGUACACACGGUUCUGGGAGAGCUACUACCUUAGAAUCCCAUGAAGAUAAUUCCUCGAAUUCCCUUUUAGAGCUCGUUCCUAGUUUGGAACAUUCGAUCGUUGGGAUCCUCAACCACAACGGAGAGCUUACUGAUCACGACCAUGAUAAUUCUAAGACUGUCAGUGUUGAUGGAAAGAAGUCCCCAACAGAGAUCAAGAAGUCUAGUUUAGUGGAUACACCUGAUUUAGACGAUGAUCGUAAGUCCACUGACAGCCAAGCCGUAAAGCAGAAACGACAUCGUACGAGGUUUACUCCAGCUCAAUUAAAUGAACUCGAGAGAUGUUUUGCCCGGACUCACUAUCCAGACGUCUUCAUGAGAGAGGAGCUUGCAGCUCGUAUUGGCCUCACCGAGUCAAGAGUACAGGUAUGGUUUCAAAAUCGCCGCGCAAAAUGGAAGAAACGCAAGAAGACCGCUUCAAUCCUUCGACCACCAGCACCAAUCCUCCCCUCACACAUGGCUCAGAGCUACAACCCAGGCUCCAUCGGGGACUCUUUAUGUUCUUUCCAUAAUGAUCACCGCUGGCCACCAACAGCGACAGCCGCGAUGCCUACCAUGGCCCAGGGCCCAUCACCAACGCUCUCUCUGUCUCCUCAGCAUCACGCAUUCACGCAGUCACACGAUGUCUUGCCUCAGUCGUAUCCACUACAGUCGCCGUUACAGCGUUCUCAUAUAGGAAUGGCAAUCCAACAGCAGAGUAAUCCUCAGACUCAACCAAGCUAUCAACAAUCGUACGCUACUCGAGAGAUGACCAUCUCUUCUUCACCGACACUGCAAGAUAUACAAUGUAACAUCAAUGGCGGUAUAACCACGCGAGGACUAUGGGCUCGAUUCUAACGCUGACCAACCUUACAAGCCAUUACGGAAUAUCAGAGUAUGUUCGGUGUCUAAAUCUGAGCUUGUCAAACAGCGCUUGCGAUAUAAAUCAAUCGCGCAAUAAGCGGGUCGUUUUAGAGCUACCAGCCAUGUAGGAGUAAGCGCGGACAUAUAGGUAUCAAUCAGAGAACUKUUCGAAUUCUAGAAAACACAUUGGAUUUUAGUAGAGCCCGGAGGAGGAGAGAGGACAAGAAGACUACUUAUCUAUCGCUCUUCCCAUGGCUCUGCAGCUCUGGGUUUCCGAGGAUGGCAAACCARCUAUCAAAUUCUACUAAGACCUAGUGUUCAUAUAAUCGAUCGUUCUGGAUCGUCCAAAUCGYCUAAAAUUGCGUUUUUGUUCUAGUUUCCUCAAGAGAAUUAAGAAUAUAGGACCGUCCCAAAAUGCAUUUUAUACUGUUCUUAUAGAUUCUCUUGAGAAAACAAGGACAAAAUAGGCCUUAAAUUCAUCACCUAAAAGAGGAAGUAAAACCAAAUAACUUUUACGAAAUUGAAAGGCGUAACAUGUAAACCAUACACUACGAUAGAAUGUAAUGCUUUUAACCAUAUUUAGAAUCUACUGUUUCUCAAAACCUUGUUUUCAAAUGCGCUCCUACUGAAUUAUGGGUAGCUCUAAACGACCAAAUACCAAAUUAAUGCCUGUUUAAGAGCCACAAACAGUGACCAACGAUAACCAGAGAAGCAAUAUUAUAAAUAUAUCCUUUAGAUGUGAACUUUAUAAAAAGGUCUGAAGAAAUGAGAAAAAAGAACUCUUGUACGUAGUCAAAUUAUUUCAUAUAUUUAUUUAAUUUCUUUGAAAUAUAAUUCCAAAUCAAAUCUUUUAGAUAGAUUAAAUUUUCACUAGUUAUUUGAUGGUUUUGUUAUGAAAUACGAGGGAGCAUUUCACGACUGAGGGGCUUUGGUGUGCUGUAUACAAAAUAGCUUAAACCAGUUUUCCUAAAAAAAGCAUCAAAUACCUAAUAUUAUCCUAUAAAUAUUACACAUUUAAAGCAAAAAGAGGAAAAUAAGAAAAUAAGCAAAAUAGUAAUGCUUUUUGCAGGAAUUAAAGAAUGGCAUCGACUAGUUGUGCAAACGCGCUCGUGUUUUCCCGCUCAUUUUCAAGCUCAUUAUAGAUUCAAAAUACUUAGAUUUCAUUGGCUGUAUUAAAUCUUGAGCCUUCUAAUUCGCUAAUAUGAAAUUUCAUAGAUCCAUUUAUGCUCAGUUUUGAGUAGAUGUGUAAUAUUUAUGGGGUAUUCUAGCAUUAGUUUGUUAGUUUAUUAUUUUACACUGAAGCAUCUCGUUUUAAUCCUAGACGUUUGUCAAUAGAGAAAACUUUAUGUAUUCUUUGUUAGGUUGAAAGAGGCCAAUCAGAGUACACGUUAUAAACUACGCGUUUUAGCCAAUCAAAGCGUACGUUCUAUUCAAGUUAUCAGUUUUCAAAUUAGACUUCAGUGCGCACUUGAAAUAUUUGUGUACUUGGGAUGCCAAGAAAUCGUACAUAGAAUGGAGACUUCAUUUUAGAUUUCUCUUAUAAUGAACAUUGACGGAAGUCAAAAGUCCGACUUGGAAUACAUCUAAACGAGUUUGCCUCAGUCGUAAAUUUACAUUUAUAGUUAUUUAAAUACAGCUUUAUUUUAAGUCUUUUAUUUAACGCUACAGUCAGUUUUUCAAUCUCAAUGCAUUUUUGUAUGAUAGCUAGGUCAUAUUGAGUAGCAUUUAAGGAUUUGAAUCCAAUAAUCCCAAAUAUUAACAUUAUUGUAGAAUAUGAAAGCAAUCUGAAAAUAAAAUAUUAUUCAUUGUUUGA